AAAGUUUUCCAAAAACUGAAGAGAAAGAGGAAUCGAAAGAAGAAGUGAUGAAUAUAGAAAUACCUGAUGAGCAAAAGAUAAAAAAUAUCUUCUAUAGUACAGAUGAUAAAAUAGAAGACACUCAAAAAAAAGCUGAACAAGCAACCACUUUCUCAGAAGCAGAAUUUACAACAAAAAAUAAGCUUGCAUUAAAUGGCACAUCUUUUAAAGAUAAUAACAAAGAGAAUAACCCUCCUCAAAAGAAUACAUU